GUCCAGCAUACUUCGAAGGCCAUCUCCAAUGCGCGAAUCGCUACAGGGAGAAUAACAGGUACGGUACCGCCCUGGUCACGGCUUCAUCGAUCAAAUGUUCACACUACGCCAGACCCUCCAGCUCCGCCAUGUGUAUGAAAAACCAACAAUUGUCGUGUUCCUGGACAUCCGCCCUGCCUCCGAUUCUGUCGAUAGGUCUGUAUUGUGGCCCUGUUUGUUAAGGAAUCGCAUCCCGGAAAGUUUGUUUCCGUACUACGUGUUAGUACACUCUGAUCUGGUAGAGUUAGGGCUUAUGGCAAGCUUUCGCCUUCCUUUGUUGUCACUACUGGAGUCCGACAAGGAUUCUCUAUCUCCCCAUUUCUUUUUCACUUUUGCCAUUGAGGUUGUCCUAAAGACUACUCUGGAUAAUUCGUUGUGCGCUAGUGUUGAGCUCCUCCCGGGUAGAUGAGUCAUUGAUCUGGACUACGAUGAUAAUACCAUCUUGC